AUGCCCUACCCUCAAGCGGCACGGGCGGUGGCCUCGUGGAUCCGCCCGGAGACCCGCCGACGCCAGUAUGGAGACCCGCUGCGGGCCUUCGGGGCAGCCAUCCGACCAUAUAAGCAUCGACACACGAUAGGGUGGGAAACGAACCCCACCGACCCGGGCAUACACACCCGCUUCCACGAACAUGGUAAGGAGAAUGCACAGCACCUCAGACCAGCAAGCUACCAUGUAGCGACCCAGAGCUGA